UUGAUUUGAUGCCUUUUUUAAACUUACCGUCGAGACUUUUUUUUAUUUGUUCAAUCGUUUAAUGCCAAUAAUUGCUUCAAAAUGUUUUGUUGGAUAAAUUUAAAGACCUUUUUGUGUGUCUUUCUACAUCAGAAAUGUUGAGGAUUUCAGGCGUAUUGAAAAAAUGGAGUGAAUGCAAUUUUCCUCCUGUGUUCCAUUCUUACCGAUUCCCGUUAUGCAAUUUAUAUGAAAUGUAAAAGUACUAACUUCGAGUUAGUCCGGGAUUUUUGAAUUUUUCGAUUCUAAAACUGGUUUUCAGUUUUAUGUUUAAUCAUUGUAGGCAAUGGCGUGCAUAUCGAUAGAGGCAUAAAUUAGAAACGAAAACGUUUACCCGGAACAUACAUACACACAUUGAGUCUGAUAUAAAUUGUUGUGGUGAAGUAAAACAAUUUUAAUUAUUGAAUUUAUUGAUACUUUUUAUGUAAAUUUCAUUCUUUUCAAUCAAGAAUAAAUAUUUCAUUUUUCAUCUUUUCGCAUAUAAACUGAUAUAGACGAACAGGAACCGGUUGCAAAAAAUGUAAUUGUAAUCAUAAACGACAGCAGCGUUUGAAAUGUUCUACAAUCCAAUAUAGACUGACAGUAUAAUUUAGAUAGUAGAAGGAGAAGCAUUGAAUCGACCGUGUGUGUGGCAGUUAAAUUUUUUCGAAAAAAAAUUGCGGACUAAAUUUGUUCAUUGAUUGUGGUCAAGCUGUGAUACAUAGCAGGAAUCUUAAACUUGAAAAAUGGCAGGGAUUCCGUUGAUAUGCACUGGUGACUAUAAUAUUCUAAUGAACGCAAUAUAUCGUGGUGAUAUAAACUCAUUCCGCAAUGCACUGAAUUCAGUGUCAGAAGCUGAAAAACGUAAAAUAUUUGAAGUGGCGUGCAGAACGCCAGGCAGUGCCCAAUUUAUUGACGAGUGUAUUUCAGCCGGCUGUGAUUUGAACGGCGAAGUCCAUAAACGACCAAUUAUUUUUGUUGCCGAAUCGUAUUGCGAAGAGAAUGUAGCCGCUCUGCUAAAAUAUCCAAGUGUUGAUGUGGAUGCAGUUUAUUCUUCUUUUAAAUUGACGCCAUUACAUGUCCUUACUGAACAAAUAACCGAUGAUAGUUUUCCAAACAUCUUGCCGUGUGUCAAACUGCUGAUUCAAAGUGGCGCCAGCGCGGAGUUGCCUGACUGGCAAGAUAGAACUCCAAUUGAGCUUAUCCUAAAGAAUCCACACCUGAACAUUGCCAAUCAAGAAGUGAUUUUGAGAAACUUAAAAUUGCCAAAUAAUAUUCAGAUCAACGAAGAAUGGGAUUUCAUUCGUCUGCUAUUCUCAUUGAAGAAUAAGAAAGAGGAUGAGUUCAUUGAAGGCUUGAAGCACGCUCAAAAAAAUAAAGAGAUGCUUCAAGAGCUGUUUACUGCUUCCCUGGGCAUUAGGGUGUUUUUGCCAUCAAAUAAUCAAGAAAUG